ACACGUUUUGAAUGGCUUUACUUUCGACGAAUACAAUUUUAUCUUCACGGGCUGUAGCCAAUAGAAUCAUAAAUAGGCGGAUCUAAAGGUUUCGCUUCUGUUAGCGUCAUUGACAACGGUAGCUUUCAUUCUGACAGCUAACGUUACAGCAGUAGAAAUAUUAACGCAAUUUGCAUUAGGCCAGUAACGUUAGCAACAUUAUGAGCCGCUGUACCAUUAUAAGGUCUGAACAUCAGUGUUUUCCGAAAAGCCAUAAAUGAUAGUAUUACCAAUUCAUAUCUACCAGGUUUUAAACUAAAAUGAAUCAAGCCAAACCAGCUAAAGAAAGGGUUGGCUCUUCGAUAACACAAAAUAAGCUCUUCAAAGAAAAUAAAAGGAUAACAUCUGGAAACAGGAGAAAGACCAAAGCUGUGAGAGUGUUGGCAGAGAAGAACCCGGAUGUGGCUCUGUUUGGGUAGAGAGCGGAGACGAGGGUCUGGAACAUCCCGUGGUGAGGAGGACCGACCGACACUAAUAUAAAGCUGCAGAGAUGUGCUGAAAACGAGCUUCUUUGACUGGCACUUUCCAUUUAUACGAUACACGCUGUUGUUUCACACACCAGGGUGAUUUUGGUCCAGUGACUCUUAAUCCUUGUCAUGGGGACCCCUGGCUCUGCCACUGCCUCCAAAACAUCUGACACACUCAGUUCAGUUCAUGGAUCUUUCUCCUAACCAGCUGGUGAUAUGAAUAAGGUGUAUUUAAUAAGGGAGUCAAGCCAAAUGUGCAGAGCUGUGUGUCAGGAUUAAAAGCCACUGAUUUGGGCUGCGCCACUUUAGAAGAGAAAUUUAUAGAGAGAAAAAAAAGGUAACAGUAAUCACAAAACAACACUGGACAGCAGUGGCAAAUAAACUAUGGACAAAGUUUAAAAUAAUAAAAAUAACAACAAUAAUAAUAAUACAAAUGACAAAACAGAACACAAUUACAUAAAAGUGGAAAUAUAAAAAUUAAUUCAAAAUCUUUAAUAAAAUUAUAAUAGUAUGUGAUACUAAAAUGCCACUGGCCAAUACUUAUUAUAACUAUUAUUAUAUUUGUAUAUUUUUUCUUUUGCUCUUUGGAAAUAGAGUUAGUUAUGUUAAAUAAGCUAUUAUCUAUCAUAAACUUUACACUGCUGUUCAAAGGUUUGAUGUCUAAGAUUGUUUUUAAUAUUUAUGUAUGAAGUAUAAUAUGCUUACCAAAGCUGCACUAUUUGUUCGAAAACUGUAAUAUUGUGAAAUAUUAUAACAAUUUUAUCUCUUAAUAUAUCUUCUAUCUCAAUAUAUUUUAAAAUGUAUUUGUAUCUGUGAUGACAAAGCUGAAUUUUCAGCAUCAUUCCUCCAGUCUUCAGCAUCACACGAUCCUUCAGAAGUCAUUCUAAUAUGCUGAUUAAUGCUCAAUAAAUAUUUAGUUUAUUAUUAUCAGUGUUGAAAACAUUUGUUCUGCUCAAUAUGGGGGUAACCAGCGAACUUUUUUUGUAUUUAAAAAAUAUAUAUUUUGUAACAUUAUAAAUGUUUUACUGUCGUUUUUGAUCAACAUAACAUUUCCCGACUGAUUGAAAGUCAGUGUUAUUUUAGUAUUAUUUAUAUACUUUUACAGCAUUUAUUCAUAUUUUUAAUUAGCUUACAUUUUUACAUUUUUAGUUGUAUUUUUUAUUGUACUUUUAGUUUUGGUAAUUUUUUAUGUACUUUUAUAAUUUUUAUUAGUCUGUUUAUAUAUUAUAUAUUUCUUUCAUUUAUAUUUAUUUAAAUUUUAGUAAUUUUCAGAUAUUAAUUAUAUUGCCAUGGGAAUAUUACUUUUUUUUAUUGGAAGUGUUUCAUGUAAUUUUCUAUUUUUACUUUUUACUUUAAUUUCAUAUAUUGAAAUAUAUUUUUAAUAGUUAAUGUCAGCAUUGAUAAAAGUUAUUUUUGCGAAAAUGUUUGACCCCAAACCUUUGAACGGCAGUGUGCAUGGUAUGAGAGUAGCUAGUUUUUAGAAAAUGCCUUUAGUAUUUUAUUGCUACAACAACCAUAAAUUUGUCUGAAUGGCUGUAAAAGGUUGACAAAAGUAAUGUCACCUUUUUCUUAAAAAUAAGGGACUGGUUUUGCUUUCCAAAUUUGUCCUAACAAAUGCGUAAAAACCCACAAUCAAAAAGUUAUUUGUGUGAACACUAUCUUCAGGUUGAAGGUGAAAGCAAAGUAUUGCAACUAACCAGCAAAGCAGCCCAUCGUCUUACACUUCAAACCAAUUUAUUCCCUUCCUGGACACACGGGGAGCGAGCAAUCUGCAGUCCCAGGAUGGAGGCUGUUUCUUCACAUCACCAUACACAUAAUAUAUGGGUCAGUAAAGUCAGGAAGCAUGAGAGACACAGACUAGCCGCUCGUCAGAGAGUUCAGGAGGGUGAUGAAUCCUCACAGCUGCCUGGUGGGAGAUGGAAACUGUCCCCGACUGGAGAUAAGCCAGAAUCACACUCUUGGAGAGAUGCUGAAGGUACAAAUUAUGGAGAAGAGGAAUACGAGCAGGAAGUGGAAGAUGAGAUGCUGCUGGGGCAACAUGAUCAACCUCUUGAUUUGCAUCACCACAGAAGCAAGACUGUAACUUUUCAAAACGAUAUGGUAUAUGAGCCAGCCACUGUUUGCUUCACCACUGACUACAGAGCUUCCCAAGUGCUUUGGCCUCAUGAGAAUCAGGAGGAGCUGCUUUAUUUACAACGGUGUCUCCUUUUUUAUUAGGGAGGUCAGUGUGGAGUUUAAUAUCUGCUGCUAUGAAAGUAAAUAUCUGAUUUGAAGCAUAUUAAACCAUUCAAACGUUUCGGAUUUUUAAAAAAGUUUUUAAAAGAAGCCUCCUAUGUUUAACAAAGAUGUAUUUAUUUGAUCAAACAUAUGUAAAAAAAAAAAAAAAAAAAGAAAAAAAAGUUAAUAUUGUGAAAUAUUAUUACAGUUUAAUUAUUUUACUGUGUAUUUCAAAAUAAAAUAAAAAUCAUUUCCACAUGAUCAUUUAGAAAUCAUUCUAAUAUGGUGCACAAGAAACAUUGUUGAAUUGUCAGUGUUGAAACUUUGUCAGUGUGCUGCUUUAUAUUUUUAUAGAAACCAUAAUAUUUUUUUUUCAGGAGUCUUUGGUGACUAGAAAAUAAAAAAAAUAGCAUUUAUUUACUCAAAUAUAAAAUUGUAAUUAUUAAUUAUAAAAAAGUUGAAUUAUUUGAUUUCUGUUGAAUAGAUGUAAUGUAUAAAUUAGAUUGAAUGUUAAAUAAAAUGAUCAGUUAAAUGCAUAAAUAAAUGUAUUAUUUAUAUUUCGCUGAAUAAAUAUAUUAUUUAUAUUUCCAAAAAAACAGCUGACUCCGAAGCUUUUUUUUUGUUCUCUCUUUUCUUACCAACAAAAUAAAAAUUGUGUUUUCUUUAAACCGCCCACUGUGUUGUUUCUGAGGCAGUCUCAGUUCCCCGUGUAUCGACGGCAUUUCAUGGACAUUGAGCGAGAGCGAGUAAAGGAGCACAGAAGAUAUGGGAACCAUCUGAAGAGAACU